ACUUAAACUAUCUUCAUUUUGUCUGUCUUCUAAAGUCAACUAUUUCAUUAUGUUGGUUCUUCUGGUGGCCGUGGCGCUGAUUGGAGCCAAUGCCUCGCCCGUGGAGAGAAAAUUAGAGAAUCUUGGCGAUAGCCCUCUGUUCCAUUCUCGUCUCUUUGAAGGUGACAUUGCAGGAGUGGGUCCUAACAGAGACAGGAAUGGCAUUGUUGAUGAGAAACUUCUCUGGCCUGGUGGAAUAGUAUAUUAUGAACUAGGAAGCUCUGUCGGUAAGACAAUCUUUUUUAUCUCCUACAGAUGCUGGUCAAUGGUUGGUCGUCAGGGUGGGAAGCAGGAGUUGUCCCUUGGAAGCGGCUGUCACUGGAGAGGCCUGGUAAUACACGAGCUGGGUCAUGCUGUUGGGUUCUGGCAUGAGCAGAACAGAGCUGAUAGGGACGAAUAUAUUGAAAUAUUUUGGGAUAAUAUUUGGCCAGGUAUGGAGUACAACUUCGACAAAAUGUUACCUUGGGAGAACAACUACUUAGGGGAAAAUUUUGACUACGAGUCAGUCAUGUUGUAUGGUGAAAUGGCAUUCUCCAAAGACGGAGAAUCUCCAACCGUUAGGCCUAAGGAACCAAACGUUGUUAUUGGACCUGUGUGGAAGAAGACAAAAUUUAGUGAAAGCGAUGUCAGGAGGGUAAACAGGCUUUAUGAAUGUUUUGGAGAGACCAGACCUCCUCCUCCCACCGUACCUGACUUUGAGUGUGACUUUGAGGAAAAUGACUGUGGCAUUGUUAACCAAGAGGGUAUGAGUUCAAAUUUUGAACGCUCGUAUGGAACCUUAGGAGGUAGAACAGGUUAUUCACUGAAAAUUGAGAUAAAGGCAGAUGGAGGUUAUGGCGGUGGCCGUCUUAUAACACCAUACUUUAAAAUGUAUGGAGGACGAAAAGGAUGUCUUUCGAUGGACUUGUUCAUGAAGGGAGGAGGAGCCGAUAAGUACACCAUCUUGCGACAGAAUGGAGAAACGAAAGAAAUAUACCUACAAGAAGAGCCAUCAAACGACAACUGGUGGGAAGUGAUUAAUCUCACUUUGGAUAUAGACGGUGAUCUACGGUUUUUCCUGGAAGGCUUGAUGAACGGACACAAUGGAGACGGAGUAAUUGCUAUUGAUAAUGUAAGGUUCCAAAGAAGAGCAUGCUAAAGUUCUGGAAGGUUCUGCUUCUGUGUUUUAGAUGGAAUAAGUGAUUAUGUAUCAGAUGAAUAAACUAAAUGAUUUUAUAUGGUCAA